ACAUGAGAAGAUAAUGAGUGGUCGAUGUGUGCGAGUGAUGGCCACAACGGCCGCAACCAAGCGAUCACUGUCCGAGAGAUGUGUCUCAUCGCUGCCAUCAUCUGUGGAACCGUUCGCACGACUCAUGCGAUUGGAUAAGCCUUCGGGCGCUUGGCUUCUGAUGUGGCCGUCAUUCUGGAGCAUAUCGUUGGCCACUGAGGCCUCACACGUGCCAUCGCUCACCACAUUAGCCCUCUUCGGCAUGGGAUCAGUUGUGAUGAGAGGCGCCGGUUGUGUUGUCAACGACAUGUGGGACAAAGACUUUGACCGACGGGUGGAGCGCACGAAGAGCCGACCCCUCGCUUCGGAUCAGUUGAGCACAACGGAUGCGGUGAUGCUUUUGGGCGGACUGUCCGGCACUGGACUCCUCAUACUCACGCAGUUCGACCUCACGAGCAUCGCAUUGGGCGCCAGUAGUCUAGCGCUGGUCACUAUUUACCCACUGAUCAAACGGUUCAGUCAUUGGCCGCAACUGGUGCUCGGGAUGACCUUCAAUUGGGGGGCACUUCUGGGCUGGUGUGUGGUGUGCGAGGGUGUUAUCGACUGGACGGCAGUCCUACCCCUAUAUGUGUCGGGCAUUUGUUGGACAUUGAUUUACGACACCAUUUACGCCCAUCAGGACAAAGCCGAUGACCUCAUGAUUGGUCUCAAGUCGACGGCC